AUGGCACCACCAAACAGAGAAACCCAAAUGGGUUCAUACUCUAAUACCUGCAUUGUCAAAAAGCCACCAAGGCUUUCUAUGGGAAGCCUUCAAAGAACCAUUUCUGACAUUUCAGAUGAACUAAGCAGCAGCACCAAAGAAGCCAUUGAUGCCAUGCAGCUUCCAACUAUCUCUGAGGUUGAGGAUGCCAAGUGUGAGUGCUGUGGCAUGUGUGAGGAGUGCACCAACGAGUACAUCGAUCGCGUGCGAAACCAGUUUUCGGGGAAGCUGAUUUGUGGGCUGUGUGCAGAAGCUGUGAAGGAAGAGAUGGAGAAGAAUGGAGGCAAAAGAGAAGAGGCUGUCAAUGAGCAUUUCAGUGAUUGUGUCAAGUUCAAUAGGCUUGGCAGGGCAUACCCUGUUUUGUACCAGACUGAGGCCAUCAAAGAGAUCUUGAAAAAGAGUUCAAAAAUUAGGACCAAGUCUACAAGUCCUAGAGAUAAGAGUGUUCAAAAGAAUAAUGCCAUCACAAGGAGCUCCAGCUGCAUUCCUGCAAUUAAUCGAGAAGAAUUGAGCCCUAAACCCUGA